AUGGAAGUACGAAUUUUACGAAGUGAUAUAUAUAUGACAAUAUAUUUUACACCUCAGGAUGGUAGUCCUGAAGUUGAUUUCCGAUUGAAAAUAGAGUCAAAAAUUAAAGGUCAACAACAACAGGAACGGAUAAAGGAUAUCAAGAAACUCGAAAAAAUUUUCGAAAAGAAACUUUUUUCUAUUCAAGGCCAAAUUGGAAUUGAAUUACAAAAACCACCAAUUGCAUCUUCAAAUGACGCUUGUACUGAUGGUGCAUCAAUUGAUGAUGUUUUAGAUUCAGGAACAAGUAUUUUAUUACCAGAAAAACAAGAUUUAAUCACGUAAGAAUAAUUCAACUACAAUUAUUUAAUAAAAAAUUGAUCUUUUUUAUUUUUAGUGCAUAUGUCUCAAGUAGUGUCCGGCGUGACCAACUUUUUUGGUCACGGUCACGAGGGGUUGAUCACGGUCACGGUCACGGUCACGGUCACGGACUGGGCUCACCGUGACCGUGACUGUGAGUCACGGCCCUUCUUUCUGGUUUCUCAACAUGAAAAAAACCUUUCCAGAAAGAGCAAUUGCAAAGCUUCCCUAGGGAAAAUCUUUGAUGUUUCUGUACCAGGUUCUUUAUGGAUUCAGUCAGCAUCUUUCCAGACUGCACUCUUUUUUCCUGAGGAAAUGAUGAAAUCCUGAAAGAAGUGUGUAGCCACGGAAUUUCAAGAUCCCA